CGCGACAUAAAGUUUCAUUGUCAUUCUCGGAUUUCGUUCCCAAUAAGCCUCGAACUCGAAGGAGAAAACUUUUUAGCAAUGGUGAGAAAUAAGCGCACUAAGUAAACAGAUCUAAAGUCGUCCUUAGAGGAAGUGAUACAUCAACCGCGCUUCGCUGCUAACUACGAGCACCUCAGUGCAGGCAGAAAGUCUGUUCGUUCAAGGGCCUGGGCCGUGCGGUCCACCGGUGGGUUGUCUUCGUGCCGCAACCGCGAUUGGCUCUUUCGCGGUCAUUCUACUGACGACCACUACCAACACGCGAAGUCGUUUGAUACGAUUACAGUACCGAGUCAUCACCGUCACCGAGUCCCAGGUCUUCCUAGGAGGUCUUAGCCCCGCUGCGAGUGAGUCCGAGGAUUUCCAGGGCCCCGUGCAGCUUCCACGCCGUAGCGGAAAAGAAGUUGCUUAUUGUCGUCACGGCACGACAGAGGCGGAUUUUUGACACGACGAGAACAAACGGCGACGUGCAACUAAAUUUUCCAGCGGCCGGACAUUUUUCUUCGCGCUCCUGCGACGAGGCAAUUCUACUUCAGUGAGCAUCAAAGCUGCAAAGAACUGCUUCUAUUCGAGGAGCAAACAGUCGUACCGCGAGUUAUACGCACACGCCAAUAUCCGGACCGACAUCGACUCACUAGCAGAACGAAGGAGCCGCAGCUCUGCUACACCGACAGACGUCCUCAACUAACGACGGAAGUUCUGGCUAGUUGUUUACCAUACUUGUAGUUCUCCAGGCAGCAGCACGACAAGAACUACAACUACAGCUUUGGCGAAAAGCCGCAGCUUAUCCGUGACAACUUUCGACGUGGCCCGGCAAAAAACAAAAAGUUGUUGCUGCGGGUAACACGGCGUCAGGAAAUCAAGACAAGUGAGAGCAGCGUCCUGCUCCAUUCGUGGUGCAUCAUCAUCCUCUCCCUGUGGUCCCUGCUGGUGGUGCGAAUUUAAUUCGAACUUGAAAACAAAGGAAAAGGGAGCUGCAGAGCUACUCCGAGCUACUUCUCCGCAGCUGACACACCUCAGACCCACAAAAAAUCAACGAAAAAAAGCAGCGCCAACUACGACUGCGCUUCUCCUGUCAAGCGGACUAGUAGAGGCAUCUACUUCUGUGAAGCGGACAAGAAGCAUCCUCUGUUGCAGUCACCCAACGCCGGGUGUAGUACCAUCCAGGGAAGUAGGAGAAUAACAAUAAAAGUUCCUCUAACUACAACAGAGACAGACCAUCCUCAAGAUGGAGAUCGCCAACCUUCCCGACCGGGAAGAGCGAAUAGCCGCGAGGAGACGGCGAGCGGAAGCAAAACUGAAAAGAGAGAAGGAGGAGCUGGAUGAUACGGGGGCGGACCUACUCGAAGAACAGGAUCAGGGACUGGGGAAACAAAUGGUACAACUUAUCCUGCGCUUUUUUCUCUGUUUGGCUAAAAAAAUGUUCUGCAAUUGAAAUUGUAGUUUCAGUUCUUGUUCAUGUUCUUCCGUACAACUCUCUCAAGCAUGUUCCUGCUCAACUACAUCCGCGCAUUCAUAUUCCAUGAUGUUGGUCUUCUUGUUGUUGCGGGCUCACAUGAUAUGAUUCCCUACACCAGGUAUCAGAAGCCACCGCGUUUCUGGAGCGAUUGCAGUACGACACAACAAACGACUUAACCGACAUCCGCGUCCGCUUUGAUAACGAGGAAAAUGAGAGGAGAAUAAUAGAUAUGGAUUGCAAAAAUGUCUGGGUCUGGAUGAAUGCAAGGUUUGUCAUGCUUGUCUGGCAUGACGGAAGAGUUUGUGAUGCGUGUCCAAGAAGAGACACUUUGGCUUGUCAUGCUAAACGCAGUUUGUCAUGCGGAAAGCGCAACACUAAGCAGCGCAAAUAUUUGUCAUGCUUGGCUGUGCAUUACAAAGAGUUCACUAAUAUUCACAACUUAGCAUUAGAUUACAAGUUUCCAGACCCAGACAUUUUUGCAUUUAAUAAUAGAGGAAAACGCACGGCUGGACAGGUACGAAGCGCUGCAGAUCGAGGCGGUGUCCAGUGGCAGAAAAAACGCCGCAGUAGAGCUCAAAUGGGCGGACUUGCUUUACAUCGACAUACCACAGGUAUUAUAGUGGUAUGCUUCGCAUCUUCUUUUCGUAGCAUGACAGACUCCAGUGUUGAAGUUAAUGUCAGGUCUUGCAUGACAACUUCAGAAAUUUCUGGCAAUUGUCUUUACAUGAUCAUGAACAAACCACAGGAACUCCACGACCAGUUGCUGCUGCAGAAAGAAGCCUGUCUCAACAUUCUCGAGGGGAAGGACCGCAGAAUACGAGAGUUCUUGACCGAAUUGAAAAAUAAGGACGAGGAGUAUAAUAUGUUCUUUUCCUUAUCAUGUUCCGUACAGCAAGAAAAACGAACCCCCUCCGAAUGGUGCACAUGCAGCUGCUUGCUGAAAAAAUACAUAGAUAUAGACAAAUUUUGGUCCUCGCAAUGCCGUGGCGGUGGCACACGAAAUGAACAAUUCUACCUUAUUCCAAAAAUCUAUCACUAGGUACCAGAAGAUGCUGAAGCGGCAGGCGCACGACGUGAAUCUGUUGAUUAAGAAGAUGCGAGCCCAGUACGUCGGCCUGCAAGAGAAAUACGACGAGCAGCUGGUGGAAAUAGAAAACGCAUUUGCGCAGGAGAGAACCGACCUGAUGAAGAGAAAUCGAGAAGACAUCGAGGUAUUGAUACAUUUUUGAAAUUGCAUGAAGAUAUCAUGAAAAAUGGACAUAGAUGAUAGAGGAGCUUUUUUUUCGCUUCUGAUCAUGAUAUCGCUCUUGCGUGUUUCUGAUGCUUAUCAUGCUUAUGCGAGUUGUGUCUGCAUGAGAAACAUUUUACAUCGCGACUUAUCACAGAAUCUCUUCGAAAAGCGGCGGCAGAUGGAAGAAGCCGAGUUCAUGGACCAGCGAGUCGACCGGGAAAAAAGGUUCAAAAAGAAAAUCGACGACCUGCGAGAACAGAACGACGACGAAUACAACCACAGCAGAAUCGCGUUGGAAAAAUCCAUCCAAGAGCUCGAGGUCCAUUUGGAAAAAAUGAUGGCGACCUACCAGUAUAAUUGCCUUCUCGAUUUGCUGACUAGCCUUUGUCAACAUGCAGAUGCACACGUAUAGCAAGCAGCUGCGUAGGAUGAGGGGGGCUCAUGCCACAAGCUGUGCGCUGGCGUUUCAAUAGAUGAAAGAUGAGUCAGAUGAUCAUGGAGAAAAAGUAAAAGAUUUUUCAUUCCGCAAGCACAACAUCACAUGACACUCAUGAAUUUAACCAUACACUAAUACUACACUUCCUAGGCUAAACAAGGAGAAGCUCGACUACAAUCUGCAAGUGCUGAUCGAGCGAAACAAGGAGCACAGCGCCAUUCAGAGCAGCUACAAAAACCGCUUGAACCGAUUACGUGAAACGCUGAACACGCUGUUGACCCGGUAUAACAAGCUCGACGCAAAGUACAAGACGGAGAAUCAGGAGCUGACGGAGGAGUAUAAGCGACUCACGAAGCAGUUCAAGGACCUCCAGGACAAGCACGCACACUUCGAAAAGGCGGACGAAAUCAAGUUCAGAUAUGCAAUGCAAAAGUAUCGUACUCGUAUAAAUGCAUUACAAAUUGAGUUAGCACCACAAAUUUAAUUUGUAAUGCGGAUUUGCCCUGAAAAAAAGAUUUGUCAUGCAUAUUUGCAAUUAGUAUGAGUGCGAUACUUUUGCACAGGAUAUCAGAGAAGUGUGGGCCAUGAACGAAGGCGAGGCGAAGCAAGUCAUUGGAAAGGUAUUGUUCAUUGAACAAUGAUUGUGUCGCCGUGGUCGUAUGCGUGCUGAUAAUUACGACAGGCUUAUACAUAGAAGUAGAUAAAUUACAAUUUUAUUUCUAAAAAUUUCGUGUGGAGGAAGUUCUUCCCCUCCCAUGGUACUAGGCUUCCCACGCACGAGAAACUACAUGCAGCUGGUGCAUUCCACCGUAGAAACUAAAUAUCAAAGUUUUUCUAUAUUCGCUGUUUAACACAGAUUCUCGAAUGCGACAAGCUGAUCCACGAGCAGCAGCUGAGUUUACCCUGGAGCAGUCCCCAGGAGAACCUCCUGAAUGAGCAGUUUGAGACCGGCACCAGCACCGAGGCGGGGACCCAGACGGGCACGAAGUCCUAUCCUGAGUAAAAACGUCCCCACACCAGAGUCAAGAUGGGAAAUCUGCUAGACAAAUCAACCUGCUUCGGCUGUUUCGCAUGACAAGACUGCCGUCGUAGUGUAAUCCUGUUUUGCUAUUUAAGCAGCAUCACAGAUCUAGCAUACUAUGCGUAUUCUAGCACCACAAAUUCCAAAAACACGACUUGAAAAUGCUUCUCAUGGGGCUCCGCAUGAGAAACUUUCUUGGCGUGCGGAUUUGCAUGACAGCGCUGGGGUGGUGACGUUUUUGCUCAGGAUAAGUCCCUGUCCAAAAACAUGUCCUCUGCGGGCGGCGGAGGCGGUGGCGAGGGCAAGAAGGGCGUCGAGUUCUAUCUCGUGAAAAUUUGCCAUUCUCAUCCACUUUUUGCAUGACAAACAGAGGACUUUAUGUAUGUUUUGCAUGACAAAUUGGAUGGAGAUGGUCAAUUUUCAGGGGAUAAGUUCUUCGCAAAGAGGACAAAGAAAGUGCUGGACCUGAUAAAAGACGAGUGCAGCUACUUGCUGGACGUCAAGGUACUACUUGCAUUGAUGAUUCGUUCUUGUUGGUUUUGAACAAUAAUUUGAUGCACCAACGAAAAAAUCUACCAACGUCGCGACUUGCACACGGCAAGUAUGAAACCGAAACUGUUGAUUGCGCAACAUGUUGGCAUGUUUCAACUCUAUCUCAAUCUCACUCUUGUGAAAAAAUAUCAGAUAAAAGACGAGAUGGCACUCGCCCCCGAUGCUGCCCAGCGAGAUGUGAUUCAAGUAAACGCAAUAUUGAAAUACAUCGGCGUCGAGUCACAAGAGGACUUGGACUUAUUGACGAGCAUGUUUUACCAGGGGCAGGACGACGACGAUGAGACACUGUAUUGCGAUUUUUUCAUCUCCUCGCUUUGAAUAACUUCUUGUGUGCCGCUGGUGAGGAAGUAUUGCCGCGUUAGCAUUUACUACUACAGCAUCUCUUCGCGGUCUGUAGUCAUCGUUGCGCAACUUGUUGCACCUGGUAACUUAAUUGCAGGUAGUACUACAGAAAUUGCGCUUGCACAAAACAUUGAUUAGCAAAACAUCCCAGUACAAGCAAUAAAACACAGCUAUGUCGACGCGGACGAUGUGCUUCGUAUCCUCCGGGAAUUUCUCGCGGAGAAGGAGAAUUUGCGUAUGGCCGACCUGUCCGGCGGCGCCAGUAAAAAGGCGGGGGAGGACGCCCAGGAGUCGAAGAACCUGAGGAGAAAGCAGGAGAAGAAGUUUUGGGAUCGGAUGGCACUUAUCUUGUGCAAAACAAGUAUCGUACUCGUAGCAAUUGCAGUCAUGCAUUACAAAUCUCGUUCCCAAGGCAAAUCAGCAUGACAAAUUCCAUUUGCCAUGCUGAGCGAAUUUGUGUUGCAAUCACUACAACUAGUACGAUACUUUUGCAGUUCAUAGCACUGUGCCUGCCCGAGACCACCGUCCGGGUGUGGAAGGCGUUGCAGAAGCAAAUGGGCCGGUAUUUGAAGUUACUGCACUUCCGGUCACAACUAGUCGACGACGCCGUGGACCUGCAAAAGCAGAACGAUAUGAAUUGCAAAAGUAUCGUGCUCGUAAUAAUGGCAGUCACGCAUGACAAAUCUAACUUGCUUCUACUGGCUCUAGCAUCACAAAUUGCAUUAUUUCUGGUCGUGAGAAAGUUUGUCAUGCGUUUCAUACUUAGUGCGAUCCUUUUGCAAUGCAUAAACGAGGAGCUGAAGCAACUGCUGGAUCAGUAUCUGGGCAGCAAGGUGAACGAGGAGCUGCAGAUUUAUGGAUGUGUCAGGAUCGAAAUCGACAAAGUUGAUUUAAUUUCUCAUGCAUAAAUUGCAAGCCAUGAAAUGCCUCGCUUGCAAGGAUGGCAAGUGAGGCCGACAGACAGCCUGUUUGGGGUCUGCGAUAGAGCUGUUGAAGUACUUAGCAUGACAAAAGAGGCCCCCUGUCCCUGAACAGCAUGACAAAUUGGAUUUAGACGGUGCCAAAAUUUGUCGUGCGCCGCUUGAAAAUUGGGCUUCGAACUAGUAUCGAUUUUAUGCAUUACAACUUUGACAAUUUCAAUCCUGACACUUCCAUAAGAUUCCGCCCACGCACGUCAUCCGUGUGGUCACCGGCGGCGCUGGGGCACCGCCGGCGUGA